CCUUCGCUCUCGCCUCGGCAGCCCAGUGCCCGCACGGUCCCGCUCCGGCUCGCAGCUCAGCCCGGAGGGGUGCGGGGGUCCGGGCGGGGUCCCCCACCUCCGCGCCGCGCCCCUCACCCCUGGGUCCGGGCUGGCGGAGGCUCCUCCGUGCCACAGGGACGGGGGUCGGGAGGAGGAUGAGGAGGACCGGUAACGGCGAGGAGAAGCGCUGCGUGCUGCUUAACGCCACUUAGGAGCGGGGGGAGAUGGCCCCGCUGCUGUCCCUGUGGCUGGUGGCCCUGCUCGGCCUGGCCCGGGCGUGCCCCGAGCCCUGCGCUUGCGUGGACAAGUACGCACACCAGUUCGCCGACUGCGCCUACAAGGAUCUCCAGGUGGUGCCCACGGGGCUGCCCUCCAACGUGACCACCCUCAGCCUCUCGGCCAACAAGAUCACCUCGCUGCAGCAGCGUUCCUUUGUGGAGGUGACCCAGGUCACCUCCCUCUGGCUGGCACACAAUGAGAUCCGUUCCAUCGAGCCUGGUACCUUUGCCAUCCUGGUGCAGCUGAAAAACCUCGACAUCAGCCACAACCAGAUUGUGGAUUUCCCCUGGCAGGACCUCUACAACCUCAGUGCUCUCCAGCUGCUCAAGAUGAACAAUAACCACAUGGCUCUGGUGCCUCAGGGGGCCUUCCACACCCUGAAGGACCUCCGGUCCCUACGCAUCAACAACAACAAGUUCACCACCCUUGCAGAGGGUAUCUUCGACUCGCUUAGUUCCCUUUCCCACCUGCAGAUCUACAACAACCCCUUCGAGUGCUCCUGCAAGCUCCAGUGGUUGAAGAAGUGGAUGGACAGCACACUCAUCUCCAUCCCUGAGAAGGACUCCAUCACUUGUGCCCUCCCAGAGCAGCUCCGAGGAGUGCCGGUGGGGAAGAUCCCAGACGUGCAGUGCACCUCGCCUACUGUGCAGCUGACCUAUUACCCCAACCUGGACACCACAGAGCUCUUUGAUGGCUUCACCCUGACACUGCACUGUGCCGUGAUGGGCACCCCGCCACCUGAAGUGAGCUGGAAGAUCCGCACCUCCAGCCAAACCCUGGAGCUCAAUGGGAACCUGAAGGAGAGCGCUGGGAAGGACCUCCCCAAACAGGACCCUGAGCGCUUCUUGGUCUUCAAGAACGGCACAUUGAUGAUUCCCCACCUGAGCAAGCGGGAAGAAGGCACCUACACCUGCCUGGCCACCAAUGAAAUGGGGAGCAAUCAGACUUCGGUCAACGUGGCUGUGGCAGGCACCCAGAAAUACCCAAUGCAGCCUGGGAGGGAUGCACUGGGGGGCAAAGCACAGCCAGGUGACAAGAAGCCUGGGGCCAAGGGAGCAAAGAACAGUGUGCUCAUGCCAGAUGAGAGGAGCAAACCCCUCGGUCCCACCCGGCAGAGCCAUUCAUCCUCAGCAGCAGGGACAGAGUCCACAGGAAAUGGACAAGUCCCUUUCCAGCUUCCACCCUUUGAGAAGAAGUGUGGCUCCACACAAACCAGCAAGUACAUUUCCAACCACGCCUUUAACCAGAGCGGUGACUUCAAGCAGCACACAUUUGACCUGGGGGUGAUUGCUUUAGAUGUGUCAGAGCGCGACGCCCGAGUGCAGCUCACGCCCACCUACAUGCAGCCUGAGAAGGUCCACCUCAGGAUGCUCUACCUGUGCCAGGAGAGCAGCCAGGGCCACGCCUUGGUCCAGUGGUCCAAGAUCGAGGAAGGGGUGAACUCGUACUGGUUCCAGGGCUUGAGCCCCGGCACCAACUACUCUGUGUGUCUCACCUACCUGGGGGAGGACUGCCAGGUCCAAGUGGUCUUCACCACCAAAAAAGAGAUUCCCUCGCUCAUCAUCAUUGUGGUCGUAAGCAUCUUCUUGCUGGUGCUGGCCACCUUACCCCUGAUGGGGGCCACGUGGUGCCACCUCCUCUCCAAGUACCAGGGUAAGACCUACAAGCUCAUCAUGAAAGCCCAGAACCCCGACCAGAUGGAAAAGCACAUGGCCGCUGACUUCGACCCCCGUGCCUCCUACCUGGAGUCCGAGAAGAACUACAAUCCCAGCGAGGUGGGGGAAGCGGAUGUGGAGGAAGAAGAGGAAGAGGAGGAGGAAGGAGGCAGGUGGAGGAGGAGGAGAGAAACCGAAGGGGCUCCAGAGCUGGAGCAAGAGGAGAGCGUGGCGGCCAGCUCCAUGGUGGAGUCGCAAUCCAAAGUCAACGGCGAGGAGUUUGAAGUCCGCUCCGAGUACAGCGACAAGCUGCCGCUGGGCGCCGAGGCUGUCACCAUCUCCCAGGAGAUCAACGGCAACUACCGGCAGCGCCCGCGCUGAGCCUCCCCGCACCCCUCUGCCCCCCUCCCCGCUCCCCACCUCCCCCCGCCACCCCCCACCCCCCCCACCCCCGCCUCCCGGGGCACCGCCGCUGCUUUUCCUUAGAGGAAAGACCGCAACAUCCUCAGCGACUGCCCGCCUGACCUUCCUCCUCCUCCUCUUCCUCCUCCCUCAGGUGGCAGGUCCCCGGGGAAGGGACUUCGCCCCGAGGAUGCUUGGGGCGGGCGGAAUUUAUCUCCCAGAUUUCGUUUCCGUCUUGGGUACCGGCGGUGCCUGCAACCUGCUCGGCGACAGCACCACAACGACUCCCGGUCCCCCGCCCGCCUCGGCCCUCCGCUCACCCCCUAUUUUCUUUCUCCUUAAAGGAAAAAAACGAAAAAAAGAGAAAAAAUGGCUAAAAGAAAAAAGCCCGAUAUUCCAAAACCUCUUUUUUUUUUCCUGGAAACAAUUGAGUCCCCGGUGGGUCCCUGCGGCUACUCGGUCCGGUCCCGCCGCUCCCUCGGUCCCCGGUGAGUCCCCUCCGCUCCCCGAUCUGGCCCCGCCGAGCCCCGGUGCGAAGCUCGCCGCAGCCCGGUGCGGAACCUCUCGCUCCGCGCCGCGUCCCGGUGGGUCUCUGCCGCGCCUCGGUCCGCGCCCCGCCGCUCCCCGGGGGGUGCCUAUCGCGCUCCGGUGCAUCCCUAUUUUCCCGGUGGGUACCGCGGCCCCCCGGUCCCUGCCGCUCCUCGGCGGUGCUCUCCGUUCCCCGGUGGGUGCCGGGGCUGCCCGGUGCGCCACCCUCCCCGCUGCCCGGGGGCCGCCGGGCUGCCCGGUGCUCUCCCCUCUGCGCUCCCCGGUGCCCUCCCCGGUGCGCCGUUCAGCACCCGGCGGGGUUGGACAGCUCCGCGCCCCCCGCCCGCUCCCCGGGGUGGCGGGGGCGGCCCGACCCCCGCGGUCCCACCCCGACUCCCCCCCGGCCCGGCGGGGCCUCUAUGUGUGUUGGGUAGAGUAGCCUUGUAGCCAAGUGUCUGUGCCGUAGACGCGCCCGCGCUGCUGGCGGGCGGGCAGCCGGGGGUCCGGCCCCGAGAGGCGAGGGGUCGCCGCCGCCGCCGCCCCCCGCCUCCGGUUCCCGGGAGCCCCGGGGCCGGCGAGAGCCGCGGGCGCCUUUCUGCGAGCUUCUGUCUGUGAAAGAGUCAAUAAAAGGGAUUGAAAGUGGAGCCGGGUCUGUGCUUGAUGGGGGCGAGGGGGAGGUUGUACUCGGUGCCCCCCCCGGUGCCCCCGGGCUCUGCCCGGUACAGCCUGGCACAGCCGAGGGGACCCCGAGGAGACUGGGGUGCAGAGACACAUUGCCGCAGCUACCAGCAAAGCAUGCACACAGAGUCUAUAAAUAUACUUUUUUUCCCCUACCCAUACACCAUGCACCCCGUACUGUAUAUAUGUUAUAUUUCUGUAUUUCUGUAUAUCCAUAUUAUAUGUAAUUCACACACAUACUAUAUAUGUAGCUACACAUGCACACUAUAUAUACACAUCUAUGCUGUAUACACUCCUUUUAUAUAUACGCACACUCUACGUAUACACACAAAUAAUUGUUAUAUGCACUUUACUAUGCACACAUAUUUCAUAUGUACUCAGGUCUAUACCCAUGAUAUAAUUUUUUAUAAAUUCAGCAUAUGUAUGAAAAUACAAUAAACCAAAUAUGUUAUGUACUCUGUAGACACAUUCUCUGUAAACCAAAUAUAUUGAAAAAUACACACAGUGUUUUUCCCCUGGCACAUACACACACUCUACACACAUAGCAGUACUCAUACACUAUAUACAUACAUAUACAGUAAGAACACAUACAAUUUAUAUAAGCUCUGUGCACCUAUGUGCACACAAUAUAUAUGCUCAAUAUCUAUACAGAUACAUGCUAAAUACCCACACUACCCGUGUAUACACACGUUCUUUCUCCAUGCAUGCAUACGCCCAACGCUUGUCUCCUAUACACACCCUGUAUGUAUGUACAUAUGUACAUUCCUGGCUGGCUCUGUGCCAUCCCGCAGAGCUGUGUCGGGGGCAGGAUGGGGCUGCCUGGGUAGGGUUAGUGUCACCCUGGUCCCCAAGCACUCCCAGCCCCAAGACCAGGGGUGCUAAGAAGGUGCCCGGUGGAUUUUCACCCCCUCCCAGCCCGGCCGGGAGCACUCGUAUCUCACCCAGCUGAUGAUUUAAGCUCACAUUUACACAGUGAAGAUUUAAGGCUGCAUUUGAUUGCUUUUCUUAUCUGUAGCUUCAAAGCCACAUGCCUUCCUAGUGUCCCUGCAUGAGAGGCGUCGUCCCACUGUCAUGUGGGGACGGUCACCCACUCACCAACACCCAUGGGUGGCCCCUGAGGCCCCACUGAUGCCCCUCGCCCUUCCCAAACGCAGCCUCUGCAUCCCAGUAGAUCCUCCCCUUAAGCAAGCACUCGCUUCUCCAUCCUCCAGAGGAAGUCUUUCUAUUUUAAGUCUGGCCUCUGCAUCUUUCUCCUAUAGCAGGGAGCGUGGGGGAGACAGACAAAGCAGGCUGGCAAGCAAAGAGGCAGUGGGCAGGGGGUGCCCACCCAAAUCCCCCAAAUCCUGGGAAUCUGCAGCUGCUCCACAGCAGCCCAGGUGUUUGCUCUAGCUUUUAAAACCCCGUGCCAAGCAGAGACUUCCCCUUGUAGACAAAUCCCCCUCUGUGGAUACACUUAUAAUUGAGUUUCACGCUUAGAAACAUAUAAGGAAUAGAAAAAGAACAAUCAUCUCUGCCUCUGUUUAAUUAGAGAGUAAUAGAUUUCCCCGCCUAACAUAUCUAUAGGGAAUCUCGCUGUGAUGAGCUACCUACUGACACUGGAUUACGCCAAGAUUUGGUCCUUUUCGGGAGGGUGCUAAUUAGCACCCGGUGCCCAAAGGCACAAGAAGGGGUCAGGGAUGGAGCUUUGUACCCUCCCACCCCCUCCAUGUCCAGGGGGGGCUGGAAAGGGUUUCUCCUGGAAAGGGUUAAUGCAUCCCAGCACGAAGGCUCAGCCCCUCUUGAGGCAUUAACCCUUCUGCAGAGCCUGCUGCCAGCCCGGGGUUGUGUGGGACUUGCCACUCGUGAUGGUGACAAGCUCACGCCCACGCAGCCCGGGCUGUCACACACUUAGAGUGUCACUUAAACUGUGGGAAGGCGUCUGGCACCCUUUACCCAGGACAGCCUCAGAAUAAAGCAGCUUCAUCCCUUCCACCCCCAAAUUAUCUCUUAUCCCAAAUGAAAAAAACAAGGGAAAAGAUCAUCACUGUGUCCCCCACGGUAUGGUCACCGGCAGCACCACAGCCUGCACCCACUGCAGGAGUUGUGCCUCGGGGGGUCACAGAUGGAGUCUGGGGUCCCUGUAGACAUGGACAGAGCAGCCCCUUUGAUGGUCAAGACGUGCUUCACAGAACGGGGGACUGCUGGACUAUCCCCCUCCAGCCAGACAUCACCCUGCCCUGCUCCAGGGUGAUGGGCACUGCCGACAGCAACCCACGGGGGUCAGGAAGCAGCUCCCGUGCUGGCCCUGUCCGUGACAGCAUCACACCCAAGAGGGGCAGUAGCAGCUCCCAGAAGUGCCUUGCAAAGCACAUCCUGACCCCCACGGAGAAAAUCCACAGUCCACCAGGCAUGCCAGCACCUCCCACAGCUGCCACGCUGUGAAGCCGCCUGAUGAACACUCAAGAUUCAAAAUAAUCCCUUUCUCCCUUGCGUGGCACUAUUUUUAACCCCAGGCCUGUUCCCAGCCUGGCCUCAGCCAAUGCGGCAUGACAAGUGUGAAGACAAGGAGCUGGGUUGGGAUACAGGGAGGUGAACCUCUCCAGGGGAGCUCCAACCCCCACCCUGCCCCACCUUGGCAAGUUCAGGGCCUUUUCCAAGGAGGGUCUGGCUUGCUCUGGGUUGGAGGUCCUUGGCCCUCUGGUUUGGAGGUCCUUGCCCCUCUGCAGAGGGAUGGGGGGAAGCCCCAGUUUGCACAGUGGAUGAGCAUGGGAGGGCAGGGAGCAAGGACCCACUCACCAUUGCAGCCCUGGAUGUCCACCUCUUCCUGAGUGGUCCUGGAUGCCCACCUCUUCCUAGGUGGUCCUGGCGGGCCAGAGGACGGUGCCUGAAGGAUGAACGUUCCCUGAUGUACUUUUAAAAGCUUUUAUCAGCAGUUUAUUGCAGGGCAGAGCUGGCUCUGGGUGACCUCCCU